AUGUUGAGCGUGGUGAUGAACGUCAUUGUCUCUGCAACAUUUGGCCUGGCAAACAUUGGCACUGGUAUAGUAGUGGAGCCCUCGACUGAGAUUGACGAGGCGAUGCCUGUUUAGGGAAGCCUGUUGAUGUUGACUUGCCAGAUUCCCGGGCGGAAAACUGGAGGGAAGCCAAGCCAAGGCAGCUUUAAGAAGGAUGGAGACCGAAAGUGGGUAUGCCCCAUUACCAUCGAAGGGAGGAGUCUAGGAGAAGAGAAAGACUUACUCGGGUACGGGGCUUGGGUUGGAUGCGGCGGUGCGGAGGAGGAAGAAACCGCUCCGACUCCAGCCGACCGUGUUUGUUUUUCUAUGGCUCUUGCUCUUGGUACUCCGCAGAGUACUCCAGCUGUGGACAAGUAG